UGCUUGUUGCAUCAAUCACAAUGCAAACAACAAAGUUAUCGCUUUAUUAUCCAGCGAAAAUUCACACACUUAAAGAGGGAUUUUAUGUCAAAAAAAAUUCUCAACUGGAGACGUGUAGACGAUUGUUUUCUUGUGCACAACGACUUUGUGGAAAUAGAAGUAGUAUUGAAACAAUUGGUUCUGAAAUUCGACAACAAAUACCCCGAGGGCGGAGGGGUGCUCAAGAUCUUGAGGGACCAAACUCGUCUUCUGGAACAGAAGAUGCUGGAAAUUUAUCAGCUAUUCUUGCAGUUAGCCCCAGUCCUGCAUCAACUUCCUCUCAAGAAGACUCAUGUAAACCACCACCACGUAAUUGUUAUCGUCUUAUUGUUCUUGGGAGUGCACGUGUUGGUAAAACUGCUAUUGUUUCACGAUUUCUAUCGAAUAAAUUUGAAGAGAGUUAUACACCAACAAUCGAGGACUUCCAUCGUAAACUUUACCGGAUUCGUGGAGAAGUACACCAGCUUGAUCUUUUAGACACUAGUGGCAAUCAUCCUUUUCCGGCCAUGAGAAGACUUUCUUUUUUGACGGGAGAUUUAUUUGUCAUUGUAUUCAGUAUGGAUAGCCGAGAGUCUUUUGAAGAAGCCAUCAGAUUAAGAGAAGCAAUAAUUGAAACAAAGAAAACUGCCACUCAAAAUAUAAAAGGAAGAAAUAAAAGUAGUCAUAAUUUGAAAAUACCUAUGGUGAUUGUAGGAAAUAAGUGUGACAUUGAUAAUAAAGCAGUUUCAGUAGAAGAAGCAGAGCAAUACUGUGUAAGCCAAGAUGAAUGUUGUGUAUUCGUGGAAGUGUCAGCAAAACGUAAUUAUCACGUUGAUGAGCUUUUUUAUCAGCUCUUUGUAGUUGCAGGAUUACCUUUGGAAAUGGCGCCUAAUCAUCACAGAAAAGUACCUCUUAGUUUUGGCUCUCCUACUAUGCUUCCACCCUCAUCACAACAAAAAUAUAAAGCAACACUGAGCAUCAAACGUCGAUUGAGCGACGCUUGUGGUGUUGUUGCACCGAAUGUACGGCGUCCUAGUAUUAGAACAGACUUGAUGAUAAUGAGGACCAAAACUUGUUCUCUGGCUGCUGGAAAUGAAAAUAUUACCUCUGGAUCAAGAAUUAAUACAAUUCGUUCUUCAGAACCGAGGAAAACCUGCGUUAUUCAGUGAUAUUUCUUAUGUGUAAAUAUAUUUGAACAAGUAAUAAUAAUAUUGAAAUAACGAUAUGCACACAUACAGUUCUAAAAAUAAUUGAUGCGAAAACAAUCUUACAUUAAUGUCUUUCCAUUUUUCGAUGAUAAUAAAUAAUCGAUAUUUUUUAGUUAGAGUGUACGCCACUAUACAAAUAAUUCUGUUUAUAGAUACAUAUAUACACAUAUUUUUCUCUUUUUUUCAAUUUUCAUAACUUGAGUAAUGUAAGAUACAAAUACAAACAAUAGCCAACUAGUCAAAUGAUGAAUAAAUACUAUUAUAUAGAUAAAUCAUGUAAAGGUAAGGGAAAAUUGUAAAUUAUAAUAUUAUUAGCAUUUAAAAUAACAUUUGACUGCCUUAAUUAAAUAAUACGUGUAGUAGUGAAUACGUGAAUUAAUUGUUGAUAAUAAUAAUACAAUAACAAUACAAUUAUCGAAUUAUCAUGGGAAACUUAUUUAUACGGACGAAAAAACAUGCACAAAAUUUUAAAAGAAUAUGGAUAAAUUUUAUAAUAUAAGCAAAUUAUUUGUUCAUGUAUUUUGAAGUUGUAGUUACAAAAAAAAAAAUCAUUUUUGAAGUUAUAAUAUUUUUAAUAUAUUAAUAGUAUAGUGAGAAUAAUUGAUUGAUUACCAAAUAAUGAAAUUGACUUGAAUAAUUAAUAACAAUCAUUAUUCACUUCUUAUUAGAAGCAUUUAUCAUAAUAAUUACUAAUCAAUAAUCAAUACUAAUGAUAUGUAAUCUUGCACAAAUUUACUAGAAAAAAUUGAUAAGAAACUUACAAUUUAUAUACAAAUUUAAUUCUCUUAUUGUAAAAGUUUACUGUCUUUUGUGGUUUAUGACCUUUAAAUCAUGUAGAGAUAAAUGUUAUAUUGAUUUUUUGAGAGUUAAUAUAUUAAGUAGGUGAAUGCUAGACAUUGUGAAAACUUCUAGUAUGUAUAAGACGCAUAAGUUUGCAAAUUUUCAAAUCAAUAAUAAAAUUAUUUAGAAGUUGAAUUUAAAUAACAUAAAUUAUUAGAUAUUUCUUUGAAGAUUCUUAAAGUAAAUAUAAUUCU